UAACCGUCUGCCUGUGCUCAUUGGCUAGAGUCAUCUUAGGGGAAAUGUCGUAAAUGUCUUCGAAUUCCUGCAUGUAGGCUAGCUGUGCACCGGCCAGUCUAGCAGAAUGCUAGGGGAGGCUGCAUCUGUCUAUGAGGAGGCUGAAUAUGUCUAUGAUGAUGAAUAACAAAACAAUACCCAUUUAAAACAUGUAUUUACUGUUUGUGUCGUGAAGAAACAACUCGGUUUGCAGUUACAGUCUACUUGAAGUCUUUUCGGCUGGGGUGCAAUCGCUAUUGAGCUCUCAGGAUAUUCGUUUGCUGCUGACUGUACCAUUUGGAUUGCCAAGCAAGCAAGCAUUUUAGGGAAGAAUUUUAUAUGUACGCAGUUUAACUCAGAACAUCAAUUAUGGCUGGCCCCGAACCUGUCCAACAAGAGGUUGACGACAAUCCAGACCAGAUUGACGACGCAGAGCUGGCAUUGCAAGGAAUAAACAUGCUUCUAAACAACGGCUUCAGAGAGAGCGACGAACUGUUUCGAAAAUACAGAGACCACAGUCCCUUGAUGAGCUUUGGUGCCAGCUUUGUGAGCUUCUUGAAUGCCAUGAUGACGUUCGAGGAGGAGAAGAUGCAGCUGGCCUGCGACGACCUCCGUGCCACAGAGAAGCUGUGUGAGAGUGAGAACGCCGGGGUCAUCGAGACCAUCAAAAACAAGAUCAAGAGGAGUAUGGACUCCCAGAGAUCAGAGCAGGCUGUGGUGGAGCGCCUACAGAGACAGAUCAUAGUUGCAGACUGCCAAGUGUAUCUGGCUGUUCUCUCCUUCGUGAAACAGGAGCUGUCUUCGUACAUCAAAGGAGGCUGGAUCCUCCGCAAGGCCUGGAAAAUGUACAACAAGUGCCAUAGUGACAUCAGCCAGCUGCAAGAGGCCUACCAGAGGAGGUCCUCCAGCCAGCAGGGCACUUUGCCCCCAUCCUCCUCCACCCCCUCCCCCUCCCCCUCCGCCUCCGCCUCCUCCUUCACCCCCUCCCUGUCCGCUUCCGCCUCCGCCUCCUCAUCCGGCCCCCAGCCGCAGGGGCUGGGUGGGGUGAGCACCGAGGUCCUGGGCCGUCUGAAGGGCUCGGUCAGCUUUGGCUACGGCCUCUUCCACCUGUGCAUCUCCAUGGUGCCGCCCCAUCUGCUGAAGAUCAUCAACCUGCUGGGCUUCCCCGGCGACCGACACCAGGGACUGUCUUCCCUCACGUAUGCGAGCGAAAGUAAGGACAUGAAGGCCCCUCUUGCUACGCUGGCCCUCUUGUGGUACCACACUGUAGUGCAGCCCUUUUUUGCUCUGGAUGGCACCGACACCCAGGCAGGGCUCCUGGAAGCCAGGGCCAUUCUCCAGAGGAAUGAGGCCAUCUACCCCAACUCCUCCCUCUUCAUGUUCUUCAAAGGCAGGGUUCAGCGCUUAGAGUGUCAGAUCAACAGUGCCUUGACAUCUUUCAACAAUGCCUUGGGGCUCGCCACAGACCAGAGGGAGAUCCAACAUGUCUGUCUGUAUGAGAUUGGGUGGUGCAGCAUGAUUGAACUGCGCUUUGAUGAGGCCUACAGAGCCUUUGACCGGCUGAGGACGGAGUCUCGCUGGUCGCAGUGCUACUACGCCUACUUGACCGGAGCGUGCCAAGGAGCUGCAGGGGACCUGGAUGGGGCAGCAAAAGUGUUGAAAGACAUCCAGAAGCUUUUCAAAAGGAAAAACAAUCAGAUUGAGCAGUUCUCCAUGAGGAGGGCAGAGAACCUGAGGAAGCAGUCUCCCACCAAAGAGCGCUGCACUUUGGCUGUGAUCGAGGUGCUGUACCUGUGGAAGGCACUGGCCAACAGCUCUACCCCCAAACUCCAGCACAUGAGCCAAGUCCUGCAGGACAUAGAGGAUGCCUCAUGCGCAGGUCUAAGAAAUCUACUUCUUGGUGCCAUACACAAAUGUCUGGGAAAUACAAAAGAAGCAAUCCAGUGCUUUCAUCUGGCGGCCAGAGAUGAAGAGGGCCGACUUAGUAACUCCUACGUGCAGCCAUACUCCUGCUAUGAGCUGGGAUGUGUACUACUGGACAACCCUGAGUCUUCAGCAAAGGGCAGAGGUCUUUUAUUGCAGGCCAAGGAGGAUUAUGCUGGCUAUGACUUUGAGAACCGCCUCCACGUGCGCAUCCACUCAGCGAUGGCCUCGCUCAAGGAAGUUGUACCCCAGUGACCCACCUCCCUACCCCCUGGCCUCCCCUCUGUCCGGGGCUGCUCCUCUGCGUUUAACUCCACUCCCAGGAGCUUCGUGGAGCCCCACACAACCAGACAGGAGCGUGGUGGACAUAUGCCAGUCCUGACCAUGGCUACUACGUAUUCAAAGGAUUGGAAAGUAGAUGAUGCACAGGCAUCAUCAAGGAAACUUUGCUUUGUACAGAUGACCCAUCGGUUACAUUGUUUUAAUUUGGAAUAAUCUGUACUAGAUUUGCCCAGAUGCCAUUCCCCUACGUGUUUCUUUUAACCUCUUUGUUUCUGAAUGUGCCACUAAGUGACUUUAAUUUGCCUUUUUAAUAAACUGUAUUUUUUUUUUAACUUUAUUUACUAUCUUUUUUUUUGUUGAAAAUACAGGCUUGCAUUGUUAGCAGGUUAAUUGUAAAGCCAUUUAUUUCACCUGCCUUGUAUUAUUUUUACAGAGAAAAUUAGGUCAAGACUGGAAUGUUAGCAGGGCAUUGUAUGUGUAUGGGAUUCCUUCACAUACUUUCUGAGGGUACAUAUCUAGGAGCACAGCUUUAUAUGAUGUGUGUGUGUCUGUGUCUGUGUCUCUUCCUUCUCCUUCAUUCUUUCUUUGGUAAAUGCUGUAUGAUUGUUUAGUGUGGAAAGAUGCGUCUGGAUGUUGGUGAUGAGAAGUAAGAGGGGAUCUACACACUCAGUUUAAUUGUAAUGUACAUUUGGAGUUUAGGGUGUUACUGAUAUAUCACCAGUGGUGACGAGAGGAAAGGUCUGGAAGUGCCACACUGUCUCAUUACACUGACCGGUGUAUCAAUCUUAACCUCGGGUCAGAGAGGUGUUUUUCUUUUGAAAGUGUUGAUCAUAAUCCAUUGUCCUAGUUUGAGAGGAAUGUUAAUCGGUCAACAUAGGUGGUUGAUUGUACAAAGUUGUACCAAAAUCCAUUUUACCAGUUUCAGGUGUAAAUAUUGUAUUGUUAAUUUGGAAAUAAGUUGUUCUCUUUAUCUCCAAUGUUCAGAGGUUGUCUUAAGGAGUGUAUUGUUGUAAAGGACAGUCAGGCGUAAGUAGUGUUGUGAAAUCAGUUCGGUGGAGAAUGUGGUACAAGAAGCAAUAGACAUUGUUUGUUCAUGACUUGUGUUAAAGAGCCAUUUAUGCCUAGCCACGACCCUUUGACAGUGGUGAUUCUGUUUGCCAAAUUCAAAUUGGAUUUCGAUUCUUUACCUUUUUAAAACUAAGUAGUCAACUAAACUACUACCACUCGGAAGACAAUCACGUUAUUGUCUUCUAUUAAUGAGGCAUAAUGCGAUUACCUACUUACUACGUUUUUUGUUUGUUUUUAUAUAUCCUGAUGCACGUUUACAGGGUGUUGAAGGUCGUCCUAAAUAUUGUUCAAACUACUGUAUGAGUUAAACUCUGGCAAUGUACAUUUAGGAUUGUAGAGUAAACAAACUACUUGUUUCCCCAUGUCAAUGUCCCCUGUCAGAAAGACUACUGUUUUAACAUUAAAUUGGUUUUAAAAAGCUCUUUACGUCA